AUGCGUAGCGGGUCGUGGCUCUGGGGCCUACUGGGCACCUCUUUGACAGAUGCUUUGUCUCUGGAAAAAAGAGAGACGCCUGCUGUGUUCAAUGUGCCAUUGAAACACAAGCAAGUCGCAAAAUCGUCGAUUGAAUCAUUCUUUACCAUCACUGGGAAAUUCGUAACCGACACUCUUGUCAUUGGAGAUACAACUGUGAAGUCUAUGAAGAUCGGGAUUCUGAAUGUGUAUGCCACCCAGAACACUCUCAGCUUGGGCGAGGCGAACUCGUCUUUCAUCUCCCUUACUAAAGCAUUGGUUGCUGCUAAAACCAUCAAGUCCCCGGCCUUCAGAGACUCGCAGGAUGAGAAACCAGGCGUUCUGAUUUUUGGUGGUGUGAACAAAGCCAAAUACAAUGGCACACUCCACACACUUCCCAUCGUCAACAACCCUGCCGAUGAUAGAAAGACUUUCCGGGUCAACAUGACGAGUUUUUCCAUCAACGAGACAUUGGUGUUCCCCAAGGGGCUUUCGACACAAGCUCUACAUGACUCCUUGGUGUCUUAUACAUCUGUUCCGGAGUCCAUCGCACAGGAGAUAUCCUCUCAAUUGGGCACUUACGUCCUAAUGUUCGGGCCAAUGCAUAUCCCAUGCAAUACAACUUCUAGUGAUACAACACUCACGUUCAAAUUUGGAGUUGCGAGUUUCAAGCUAGACAUUGGUCUGUUCAUAGAAACAGGUAGCGUGCUCAAUGAUGAGGACAUCUGCUAUUUGGGCAUUGUCGCGGUCGAAACCGAUGCCAAGGACGCAAAAAGUGUUGUGCUUGGAGCAAACUUUCUUCCAAUAGAUCUACACUAUAUAAUUCUCGAAAUCACGACUGGCAUGAAUGCAGUCACUGGGGCUAAAUUGGAGCAAGAUGACGCAGAUGACACAGGAGCCAAAGAUGAUAGCGAGAAGGAAAAGUCUGUCGGCUUCCGCAUUGAUGUAGGCGCAGGCCUACGGCUCUCCAUUUCCAUCUUUGUGAUCUGGGCUCUCUUCUGUUUAUAG